AUGAGUGGCAGCAACCCUUUGAGAAGGGUAGGGGUAAAUUUAUCCAUCAGAUAUGCGUCUACUGUGGCUUCAACAUCAUCUGAAUCUAUGGAUGGUUCUCUGGCCCAAGGUCUUUCUCAAAAGGAAUUGAGAGAAAAAGCCAUUGCAGAGGCCUUGGCUCGUGAAGAAGAGGCAGCUGCGAAGAUCAAGGCUAUUCGUGAAAUGAAGGCACAAAGUAGAAUCAAUAUCAACACUUUGAAUAAGACUCCUGUUCAUUUAGUAAAUUCCAGAUUGGCUAAGUUACAGAAGGACUUGGAUAGUAUUCCCAAUCAGGAUAAGGUCAAGCAAUUGGAUGAAGAACUUGAGUCUUUUAUGCUUGAGCAUAUGAAGUUGCCACCUGCAGCUACUCACAAUCGUCCCUGGGCUAAAGUAGGCUCAGAUCCUACUGUUAGUGGAAUAUACUCCGAAACUAAAGAUGACACCAGUGUUCAAAAGAUAAGAUCCACAAGUACAGGUAUUUACACAAAUGAAUUCCCCAACUUGAAACCAACUCCAGAUUACAGACCUUAUUCUGACCAAGAAUUAUACUUGAGACAAUUGGCUCACACUCGUCAAUCUGGUAAUUUGGGUUCUAAAGUUUCCAAUGUAUAUAAAGCCAAAUAUGAUGUUCUCAAGCCCAAAGAUAUUGGUGAAACAUCUAUUGCUACUCUAUUGGCUGCUGGUUGUCAUUUUGGUCAUUCUAGAGCCAUGUGGAGACCUUCUACCCAACCAUUCAUUUAUGGUGAAUACGAUGGUAUUCAUUUGAUUGAUUUAAAUCAUACCAUGGUGAAUUUGAAAACUGCUAGUCUGGUCAUCAAGGGAGUUGCCAGAAAGGGUGGUAUCAUCUUAUAUGUGGGUACUUCUAAAAACUUGGAGCAAGAAAGAGCAUUGGAAGAAGCAGCUAAGAGAUCUAAAGGAUUUUAUAUUUCUAAAAGAUGGAUCCCUGGUACUAUUACUAAUUUCACUGAAGUGACCAAACAAAUUGGAGGUGAAUAUAAAGUUGAACUUGAUAUGGGAGAUGUAUCCACCAAUAGAAGCUUUUCUGCUUCUCAAGAUAGAGAAUUGAUCAAACCUGAUUUGGUGGUUUUGGUGAAUCCUGUUGAUAACAGAAACUGUAUCAAUGAGUGCAUUAAACUGAGAAUACCAACCAUUGGAUUAUGUGACACCAACAUGGAACCUUCUCUUUUAACAUAUCCUAUUCCAUGUAAUGAUGAUUCAUCCAGAGCCACAUCAUUGAUGUUAGGUAUCUUGUCAAAGGCUGCUCAAACUGGUAUGGAGGAAAGAAUCACUGCCUUCAAGUCGUAUACCAAAGCGAAGUCAAGUGCACUGGGUGCAUCAUCUGCAUAA